ACACCGGAUGGAGCCAGGCAGACCAACAGGGGAGCACAAGGGAGCAAUAUUAGCCAGCAUGAUUUGGCACACACCAGCAGCCUAACCCCUGUCAAGUAUUUAAAUCGACAGUGAGGUCCAGCACAGGAUCCAGCGCGCAAGUGCUUCCAUUGGGAAAUUGCUCCGACGCAUUUUCACGGAUCAUGACCUACGGCAGGACACCGAGAUCCAGUCUAUAACACAUUUGUUUUCCAAUACUCCUCUAUGGUUGCGAAACCUGGGUGACCUAUCAACAGCACCUCAAGAACCUGGAGAGGUAUCACCAGUGAUGCCUCCGGAAGAUCCUUCGCGUCAAGUCGGAAGAUCGCUGCACUAACACCAGCAUCCUCGCUGAAGCCAAUGUCACCAGCAUUGAAGCAAUGAUCCUCCUGCACCAACUUCGCUGGGCUGGACACUGUGUGCGGAUGCCAGACUCUCGCCUCCCAAAACAAGUCCUCUGCUCUCAGCUCACCCAUGGUCAGAGAUCCCGUGGUGGUCAGAGGAAACGCUACAAAGACACACUAAAAGCGUAUCUUAAGAAAACUAAUGUGGAUAUCACAAACUGGGAGGAGCAAGCCACCAGCCAAUCCCAAUGGCGCCAUAUUCUUCAUCAGGCAGUAGCCCGCUUUGAGGAGAAGCACCUUGCCCUCAGAGCUGAAAAGAGAGAAGGAAGGAAAAAGAAAGAACUAACUUUCUCCCAGCAGGCAGCUGGCCUGCCACGAAAUGUCUGUACCUUCUGCGGAUGGGUUUGCAGUUCCAGGAUCGGACUUCUGAGUCAUCUCAGGACCCAUAUCCCCAGUGCCAUGAAGCCAAGAUCUGCAUGUGGUCGUUUGGCUCCGAGCACUGAUCUAUAGAACCAAGCUUCUUGGGAGCUGAAGCGUUUCUAAAUUGAUGGGAUUUAGCCCCACAACCCAGUUCUGGGAAGCCUGUUUAUCCUCCUACCUACUUCCAGCCAAAGGGAUACAAAUCUUGGGCCACAAGGAUGGCGCUCCGUAGAUCACGUGUUGAGGCUCUACCCGCUUGGCUAGGGUUCCAGGCCUGGCACAGGCAAUCUAAAUUAGGGACGGCCUUUGGGGUCAGGGUACAUAGCAGGCUACAGCUGAUCAGGUGAACCUAUCUCCCCAUUGGUUCUGGAGUCUCUGGUGCACCCAGCACAUAGGACCAACUAUGUCCUUAAAAUGCAGAUAAUGCGAACGCCCUGCAGCUAGAGCAGGGAAGGGGUAUUGCUGGUGCAGUACUUGGGAAUGGCAGAAAUGGCUCAGCUGGGAGACCCAAAGUAUCUCCUUAUCCUGCCAUAUUAAUAGAUGGUCUCUUGUCGAUGUUCCCCAAUGGGCUGUUGAGCCCGUGCUGGGGCUUCAAAUGAUGCUCUUUCAUGGCAUUGGGGCCCCUCUCUCUGGUGCAGGAAGUACCUGGACGUUCACUCCAUGGACCUCAUCAACAAAGCGCAGACCACCGAUGAGCUGAAGAGGGUGCUGGCGGAGCUGUUCCAACUGCAGGGCUGGGAAUCAGACCCACGGGCCGCCAUCUUGCUGGAUCUCUACUUCUACACGGUGCAGUUCAGCCGGGAGCACAGGUUCAGCCAGGAGCAAAGCUCUGCCUUCUUCACCAUCGUCAAAGACACCCACGAGGCCUGUGUGGAGACACCCCUGCCCAAUGUGGAGGAAUGUUACCGCUACUUCACCGAGCUGCUCUUCUGCCACACCAUACAGCGGCCUCCAUUCAGCAUCGACCUCUUCACUCAGGAGCAGCUGGCACUCAUAAGUGACUACGUGGUGAACACCUACUUCCGCCACUUCAAGCUGUACAAGUACGCCUUCACACCGCAGAUCCGGCUGGACUUAUCGCUGUCCUAUGUGGGAAUGCCAGAGCCGGAGCCCGUGGCUGAGUUGGCAGGAGAGCUGGGUGAGAGCGUGACGGCGCCUGUCCCCCCAGUGCAAGAGGAGGGAGCCGACAGUGGAACCACAGCCCCCAGUGAGAGCCCCAGGGCCCCGCUGCGGGAAUACAUCUCGGCUCAACUCUGCCAGGAGAUGGCCCAGCUGAUAGUGGUGGAGGAGCAGCUACGGGCAAGCAAGGAGCAGUUCAACACCAAGCUGGCCCUGCUGGAGAAGGUGCCCAACUCCUCCAAGGGGGGCGGCCGGGGCCACCGGAAGUGAGAGGAGAGAAGAGUGCAAUAAAGGACUCCAAUUC